AUGAGUGCUGCAGACACUGCUCUCCUGACAGAGCACCUUACAUACAGACCAAUUGCUGUCAUUGAUGACAUAAUAAACAGUAUCAAUCUUCUCGCAUUCCGCGCCAUCGAUGCGCUCGAAAAGGGUCUUCUAGCCGCUCCUCCUGCCUCAAUUGGCUUCAUAGCUACCUCCACCCUCUCCGCUGAUGAUGUAGCAACACAAUGUCAGCACGAAAUCGAAUACGGAGUUUAUAAGUUGGAGACACUACUCAAUGCGAAGAUUGAUAAGAAUUUCGAUAAGAUGGAGAUUUAUUUGUUGAGGAACGUUUUUGCGGUGCCGGCGGAUGUCAGGGAUUGGAUUCGACUGAGUCAUUAUGAAGGAUUGGAUUUUAGAGGGAUAGAAGAAAAUGGAACGAGUGCGAAUGGGAUACCGACCUCGGAAACUGUUACAUUGCAGAGGAAGAGAUUAAGGGAGACGAUGAAGUUGAACGCCGUGUUAAGGGCAGAGAAGGAGAGGAAUGAGAAAACUAUUGCGGCAUUGAAAGGAAUUAUAUCACCAAUCUCAAGUCCGACAAAGAAGAAUGUGAAGGCUGAGGAUGGUACUGAAAUGGAUGUGGAUGUAGAAGAUGAUGAACAAGCUCCAUUGGCAUUCUUACAAAAGAAGGGAAAUUUGACAAAGGAUGGAAAACACCCUAUUGCAACAACGACCGAAUUCGCGUUAACUCAAUUACCUGCGCUAAGACAGUUACUGGAUAAUCUAGGGCCGAGGUUGAAAGAGUUAUCAGAAGGGGAUGGUAUGGAUGGAAUGGUGGGAGAACAAGAAAAGAGUUGGAGAAGGGAAAGAUUGGAAUUUAUUGAAAAAGAAACAAGACGACAUUUAGAGAACGUGCGAGGUUUAGAAUUAGGCUCGCAAGGUGAGGUGAGAGAUGGAGAAUGGCAGGGUGAGGGGAGAAAACUUGGGAAUGGAGAAGUGGAGGAUUUAGAAAGAGUUGUAGGAAUGUUUGAAAGUCAUGCUGCACCACCAGGAAAUGGAGAUGUGAUGGAUGAAGGAACAUGA